AGUGCAAGCCAAGCAUUCUCCUCACACACGUACUUCCGCCAGCGCAGCUAGCUAUAGCUGUUCGCCUGUUCUCUUCUCGCGCGCCAUCAUCUCUCGUCUGUGAUCAACGUCGGCGCGCGGCCAGCAUGGAGAUGAUCGACGCGGAGCUGCGUCUUGGCCCGCCCGGGAGCAACAACAGCGACGUCGUCGUCACCGUCGUGCCGCCUGCAGCGGCGAGGAAACCGGCGGCGCCGGCGCCGGCGUCGGCGGCGAAACGGCCGUCCUCGUCGGUGGUGAAGAGCGACGACGCGUCCGGGACGGGCGACCAUGACGACGACGCCGCACCGGCCUCCAAGGUGCGGGCGGUGGGGUGGCCGCCGGUGAGAGCGUACCGGAAGAACGCGUUCCACGCGGCGGCGGAGGCGGCGAGGAGGACCAAUAAUAAGGGCGAGGAGCUGCAGGGAGGAGGCGGCCGCCUGUACGUGAAGGUGAGCAUGGACGGGGCGCCCUACCUCCGCAAGGUCGACCUGCGGACCUACGGCGGCUACCGGGAGCUGAGGGACGCGCUGGACGCGCUCUUCGGCUGCUUCUCCUCCUCCUCCGCCUCCUCCUCCUCGGCCGACGGCGGCUGCCAGUUCGCCGUCGCCUACGAGGACAAGGACGGCGACCUCAUGCUCGCCGGCGACGUGCCCUGGGAGAUGUUCAUCUGCUCCUGCAAGAAGCUGAGGAUCAUGAGGGGGUCCGAAGCAAGAUAACCAACGCAACAACGAGGAUGCAAAGGACAUGUUGGAUGCAUGGCAUGCAUGGAGGUCCAGCUAGCUAUGGUCCGUCCAACUCAUGCAUGGGACAGAGGGAGAGAGAGAGACAGAAAAAAAAAGGGAGGUCUUUAUAUCUGUCAUUCACUGGAAUUGGAGGCGCGGCGUAGGGUAUAUACCUGCACAGGGGUCGGAGGCCCCAUGCAUGCAUGCGCGCGUCGUCGUGUUCUACGGCCAGCCCAGCCGGCUCAUACCAUACACACCAUGGACAUGCACAUGAUCAGAUGGAGUGGAGCAUGGAGGUGAUGGUUCAAGGAUCACGGCGGCGUAGUACACGUCACGCCGUGUCUCCCGCCACCAGUCAGGCGGACGUGCUGUGGACGGCUGACUGGACGUGCAUGCAUGUCAGAUCGGAGAUUAUUCAGCCAAGUAGCAUCGGUGAAAAGCUACUAUCUAGAAUUUUUUUUGUACUGUGCACGCUAGCUCAUAUGCUGUAGCUUAUGCUUGCUAGCCUAUCUGUAACUUUGAGCUCCUCUUUUGUAAGUGACCUGGGCCCAUGUAUAUUAGUUCAUUCUAGGGGUGCAGCCGCACCCACGUAAAAAAAUAAGAAACAAUGUGGGAUUAGAACC